GAAUUGCAGCUAUCCAUACCCAACGAUGAACUAUUGAAAGCAUUUAGUAAGUCGAAAGAAGGCAAUACUCGAGUUAUUAAGGCUUCUAUUGAAAAAGAGCAAUUGACUUUGGCUGCUGAGGUUGAAGUGAAUGAAGACUGGGAAAAAGAUUACAAAAACUUGGUGGAGCCGCUGAUUGAAGAGAAUACACCAUGCUACAUUUUCUUCCGUUUGGACAGCAAAUCGUCCAUCGGAUAUGAAUGGCUUUUGAUGAGCUAUACGCCAGACACGGCAACAAUUCGCCACAAAAUGUUGUACGCAUCGACCAAGGCAACGAUGAAGAAAGAAUUCGGAUCUCCGCAUAUCAAAGAGGAGUACCAUGCAACAUCACAGCGUGAAACCACACUGUUCAGCUUUAAGAAACACAAAAAAGCAAUGAGCGCCCCAGCACCACUGACACAACGCGAAGAAGAAAUGCUCGAAAUGCGCCGAAACGAGAUACAAACAGAUAUUAGCACUGAAACACGCCAGAAAACGUUGGGUGGCAUUUCAUGUGCAUUGACUGAGUCAGCAAUUGCCAGCAUCAAGGACACCGUGAGCGGAACCUAUAACUAUCUACAGUUUAAAAUUGAUCUUAAAGAGGAGAAGAUCCAUCUAGUCAAAGCCAGCAAUGUGGAGAUUGAAAAGUUGCCCAAAGAGGUUCCCGAAGACGAAGCACGCUAUCACGUCUAUUUAUUCAAGCAUACUCAUGAGGGAGACUUUUUGGAAAGUUACAUUUUCAUUUACUCGAUGCCAGGCUACAAGUGUCCAAUCAAAGAGCGUAUGAUGUACUCAUCAUGUAAAGCGCUUUUCGUCGAAAAAAUCCAAGAGCUUGGCUUACACAUUGAAAAGAAGCUGGAAAUCGAUUCCGGAUCUGAGCUGACCAAAGAGUAUUUCCAAGAUGAAUUGCAUCCAAAAACGUUGUUGCAUCGACCACAAUUUGCAAAGCCACAAGGUCCGAAGAACCGUGGAGCUAAAAGACUGAUCGGUCUCCGAGCACCGUCUGAGGAAAAUAAUGAAACUGCCUAAAAACUCCCGCUUUCGAUGUGUUAUCACGAUUCAACAACAACAGAAGAAAAAAACAACAAUAAUUUCAUCGCAAGUGAUUCAACGUUAUAAAUUACACCAAAAACCACUCAGUUUUGAUAUGCUAAAACGUGAAUAUCAAAGUUCUUUGAGUUUUGCGUAUCGCAUUCAGAGCAAUUUUUCUAAUUUAAUAUUUUUUUUUUAUUUAUGCCUUGGAUUUUACUAUUAUUAUUUGUAUCAUUAGAGAUAACUUGAUAUUUUCGUUACUAGCUUCCUAUUGGGAUUGGUGGUCUCGGUGCGAAUGUGGAACAAGAUAAAGAAAAUAACAAGGCAAAAAAAACAUGAGCAAUCACAGUUCGCAAGAGAUAUCAACAUUGAUAAGAAUCAAUUGAAAUAUUUUGAACAAUUAUACAUUAAACUUUUUACACAGUAUACGUACGUCUUGGCAUACGCAAAAAAUCAAACUUGAUGAAAAUUUCUUUAUUUUGUGUAAGCACAACUAGCUCCACUUUUGCACUGAGGCUUCCAAUUGAAAAUCAUUAAAUGAAGAAACGAUGACGACGACGACGACAACAAUAACAACAACAUAAAUUGAUCAGUGAUUGUGAAAUAGUUGAUACGUAUUUUUAUAAAACAAAAACGAUUCAAUUGCUCAAAAUGUGACCAAAUUCGGAGAUCUUUUACAAGUUCAACAUAGAAAUGCAGGAAAAAUAAUGAUGACAAACAAAUUAUUUUUCUACGGAAAUCUUUCAAUA